UUUCCGCAAAAGCAGCUGCUUUUUCCAAAAAACGUGCAAGUCUAGAUGUAGCCCUGGAGUUAAGAAAUCGGAAGCCUAGUAAAAUGGCUCUGAGUUCACAACAGGUAAGUUCUCUGUGAAAAUGCUUCAAGUCUCCCAAAAGUUAUUAGGGUUUCUUGCUUUUUACAGAUAUCUUUUAUAUGAUGUCAAUCCUCCAGAAGGGUUCAAUCUUCGCAGAGAUGUCUACAUUCGUAUUGCCUCUCUUCUGAAGACCUUGCUGAAAACUGAAGCUUGGGUAUUGGUCCUGCCUCCCUGGGGACGUCUUUAUCACUGGCAGACUCCUGACAUUCAUCAGGUCCGAAUUCCUUGGUCUGAGUUCUUUGAUCUUCCAAGCCUCGAUAAAAACAUCCCUGUUAUUGAGUAUGAGCAGUUUCUUGCCGCUGGCACUGGUUGUUGUCAGAAGACAGGAUACUGGGCUAAAUUAACUUUUAGUCUGACCCCAUAUGGUCAUUCUUAUGGUCUUCAAGAUAAUGUGCAAAAGGAAAGAGGAACAUUCAAAGAGUCAGGUGGACCCUUUAUAGAGCAGGUAUAUGUCCUACAAAGCUAUGCAGAAGGAUGGAAAGAAGGAACUUGGGAAGAGAAAAUAGAUGAGAGGCCAUGCAUUGAUCAGCUCAUGUACUCAAAAGACAAACAUGAUUACUACAGGGGAUGGUUCUGGGGUUAUGAGGAAACCCGGGGCCUAAAUGUCUCUUGUCUAUCUGUCCAAGGAUCAGCUUCUAUUAUAGCUCCUGUUCUUUUGAGCAACACUUCAGCACGGUCAGUGAUGUUAGACAGAGCUGAAAACCUUCUUCAUGACCACUAUGGAGGGAGAGAUUAUUGGAAUACCCGUCGAAGUAUGGUGUUUGCUAAACACCUGCGUGUGGUGGGGGAUGAGUUUAGGAGAAAAUACCUUCAAUCCACAGAUGAGGCAGACAGGACACACUACAAUGAGGACUGGACACAGAUGAAGGUAAAGCUGGGCACUGCUAUAGGCGGGCCAUACCUUGGGGUUCACCUAAGAAGAAAAGACUUCAUCUGGGGUCACAGAGAAGAUGUGCCAAGCCUUCACGGAGCAGUGAAGAAAAUCCGCAGUCUCAUGGAGAGGCAUAAACUAAAGAGAGUUUUCAUAGCCACUGAUGCCAUUGUGGAGGAGACUGAAGAGCUCAAAAAAUUACUGCCUGAGAUGGUGAGGUUUGAACCCACUUGGGAGGAGCUAGAGCUCUACAAAGAUGGAGGAAUAGCAAUUAUUGACCAGUGGGUCUGUGCACAUGCAAGGUAUUUUACAGGCACCUCGGUUUCAACAUUUUCUUUUCGGAUUCACGAGGAAAGGGAGAUCCUGGGAUUUGACCCCAAGACAACUUACAACCGAUUUUGUGGUGCAAAAGAGAGAAACUGUGAACAGCCAACCCAUUGGAAAAUUAUUUAUUAAUAAAGCCACUCCAAAGGCCUGCAA